UCCCAGUUAACGGCGCGGUUUCAACUGCUAUUCUCCAAGAGCACCUCCGACGUGCAUCCACAAUAACAAGUUGUACUAGACAUUUUUUCAAGUCGUUACAAGGAAAACAAUAACAAUUUUCUGUUGACAGUUUUCUAAAUACCAAUUGUUGAUCAGUUGUGAGAGACUCGUUACCAAUAUGAUACCGUUGACGAUUUUAAUGCAUCACAGGUCACGUAAUAACGUUUGAGUUGGUGGAGAUUUGAUCGUGAGUUGAUAGAGGAGUUUGUGUGAUUGUGACGUAGUAUUAGAAAAGUGUGAUUAUCUCGAGGAAUUGGAACUGCAAGGUGUAUUCAAUUAGGCAAUAUGUGGAGUUUAUCAACGAAGACUGUUAGCAAGUGUUUUCAGGUGGCUAUUUUCAUAACGAUUACUAGUUGUUUAGUAAAGAGCCAGCCUAGAGUACCGGUGUAUUCAGUUUACCAGACAUACCCAUCCACAUCCGCAUUCAACGAUGUGCAGUAUGACUAUAGGUACGCGAUAGAUGACUCUGUAUCGGGAGUGAUAAGCGACAGAUGGGAGCAGAGAUUAGGCGAAUAUGUCAAAGGAUCCUACAGCCUGCUGGAGCCGAACGGCAAGAUUCGAACAGUCGACUACGAAGUGGACGGCAAAAAAGGAUUUCAAGCUGUAGUGCACACCAAAUAUCCAGCGAAUGUUCUUCUGAGCACACAGCAGUUGGAGCAAUCUCGCUACCUCAACCCCGAACCAGAGAUCAACCUGAGACUGGCGAAUCCGCCUCCUUUGGAGCCUUACCAACAAGAUCCGGCAGUUGUGCCACCCAACUAUCACGCGAUAAGAGCGGCUGCCAAUCCCUAUCUAGACCGUCUACAAGGGAGAUACAAUUAUAACAACGAUAACAACAGCAAUAGAGGGCAAUAUCAACAACAACCUCAGCAAUAUCAGCAACAACCGCAAUAUCAACAACAACCUCAGUAUCAACAACAACCGCAAUAUCAACAACAACGACAAUAUCAGCAACAACCUCAGCAAUAUCAGCAGCAGCAGCAGAACUAUCAGCAAUACAGAGAGAGGCCACCUCAGCCGCGAAACUAUUACUCACUUUGAUAUCCAUUCCAUUGCUACAAAUUAAAGUCUUCAAAUUACAGUUCUUAAAUCUAUCUGAAAUUAUAGUUCAAAGAAAUUUAUAAAAAUGCCAUCUUCAAUAUCGAUUCCUCCACUAGAAAUAAUUAUAGCUAUGAUUAUAGUUUUGAAAAUAUUAUAGCUAUCGUAUUUGAAGUAAUCGUAGUUCAAAGAAAUGUGUGAAACUGCCAUCUUUAAUAUUAUGUUGUAUCAACAAGAGUGAAUACCGAAGAACACUGAAGAAAUUUUUGAUGAAAUUGUAUUCGAAUUAUAAAUUUAUAUUAUUGUAAGACAGCAUUUGGAAGCGGAAGAUCAAAGAUGUAAAUAAAGUGUUCGUCUUCGUUUAUAUAAAA